CGGAUAUAAACCUCGGCCCCAGCCUGAGUCCGACUCUCGAAUUACAUAAAGGCCAGACUUUCUCUUGAAUUAACUAGUGGUUCUGUAUCACUUAACCAUCUGUGCAGUUGCCUAUUGAACUCCAAUAUGCCUGACUACGCUUCUAUCGAAACAACUCUGGCUUCUAUAGCCGCAAGCUCUCAAACUAUCGAGCUUCUUCGAGACCUUCACAAGCAAGCUCUCGAUGAGCCCCCCUACGUCAGCACAGAUGGACCUGCCUCUACCGCACUUGACAAGUUUGUCGCAUUGGAUCCUGACAAGUGUGCCUAUGUAUACCUCCUGCUGCGAUCUAUGAAGGCACGUUUCGUUGUCGAAGCUGGGACAUCAUUUGGUGUUAGCACUAUCUACCUAGCUCUGGCAGUUUCUCAGAAUGCUGGGUCGCAGCCAGGCAAGGUCAUUGCAACUGAAAAUGAACCUACCAAGGCUUUCAAGGCUCGCAAGUACUGGAGUCAAGCUGGUGAUGAUGUUGAGAAAUUUAUUGAAUUACGAGAGGGAGAUUUGCGAGAGACGCUCAAGACCGAUCUGCCAGAACAAGUGGAUUUCCUACUCCUAGACAUUUGGACCCCUCUGGCUCUGCCUACACUCAAGCUCGUCAGGCCGCGCAUGAAGCCAGGUGCUACAGUAGUUGCUGAUAACACUGAGGCUGCCAAGGCAGGUUAUAAGGACCUGAUGGCUUAUCUAGAGGACACUACCAAUGGCUUCAAGCUCACUACGCUUCCAUAUUCCGGAGGUCUUUUAGUUGCCGUAUACCUUGGAAACUAGACUGUCUUUUGAUGGGUCAAGGAAGGCAAUAACAUCCAAGAAUUAUCUAAUUUACAAACACGAUAAGAUUAUAGAAUACCUGUUUUUGACGUAUAAGCCAAAAGGCUAUUGGAAAUGUCAGAUUGUUGUUUGUUGUAUGUUGACCUUUAUUCGUUGACAAGAAUUGGAGGUCGAUGAACAUUCAUUGAUUCUUCUUCAGGUAAAUGAUACUUGUUUUGAUUCAAUAAAGAUA